ACAUUUUUUACUCCUAGAAACUUUGAUUAUAAAAUUUUCUAAUUACUUGGGUUCCCUGUGGUUAGCAUGUUUUUAAUAUGGGGGGUAGGGUUAGGCUGUGUUGGCAAGGGCAUCAAACAAAAUGGCGGCUGCAGUUGAAAGUUUUGCUUGACAAAAAUAACAAAAAAUAUAUUGAAGAAAGAUGACGAUUCAUAUAAACGAGUUACCCGACACUGUUCUGCUAGGUAUUUUCAGUCUCUUAGCUUCGCAAAGGACGUACAAUUUGUGCAGGAUGCGAUUGAUCUGUAGAAGAUGGAGAGAUUUGGCCACAGACUCUAGUCUUUGGAGGACAAUUUCUUUCCCAAACAACAAAAGAUUAAACAUCGAGGUGCUAAAAAACAUAUUUUCAUGGUGUACAAACGUGAAAGAGGUAGAUUUAACCCACUGUUCGUUGGUGGAUGACGGGUGUUUAGAGAUCAUAGCAGAGAAUUGCCCAACACUACGAGUACUUAAAGUUCGCAAUUGUAAAGUGACUGACUUUGGACUGGAAAAAAUUUCAAGCUCUUGUCGAAAUCUGGAAUCUUUUACGAUAUCGUAUCACGAUUCACAAAGUAUUACAUCUGAAGCUGUUAAUGAGUUUAUAACAAAGUGCCCAGAAUUAAAGGAAAUUAGAAUAUUUGAAGAAGAACAAGACGAGGAAUAUGAAAACACCUUUGAAAUAUCCCCUGAGUUGAUUCGUAAUUUGAUGUCAAGUACAGUGAAGAUUUUUCACUGUGAAAAUGCUUCAUUUUUAUCUGAAGAUAUCUUCAGAGUCUCUAAUACGAAUGUCAGUUUGAGGCUUCAAGAGCUUGGCUUGCCAAACUGCCUGGAUCUUACAAACACUAUGAUGUAUUCUCUUACAAACAGAUGUUCAAGUUUGAAAGUAUUAGACGUUUCACAUUGCCCUGGGUUGAAUGACUCUGGUAUAAUAGCCCUCACUGAAUUUUGUCCACUGUUGGAGCAUGUAAACGUCAUGGCAUGCCAGUGUAUUACUGACAUUGCAAUUGAGAGCAUUGCAAGACAUUGCCCCAACCUGCGAUUUCUGUGUGUUGCAGGCUGCGAGCUUCCAAAACCAAUGGGUAAUAUAACAGAUGUUGCAAUACAGACUGUUGCAGACCUAUGCACUAAGCUGGAAGAUCUUAAUGUUAAGUGGUGUCAGGGAGUUACGGAUAUCGGCAUUAGUGCUAUUGCAACCAGCUGUCCACACCUCAGCCACUUAAAUGUCAGUGGGUGUCUUGCGAUAUCAGAUGUGUCAAUCCUGGUAGUGGCUGCUCACUGUAAGAAUUUGAAGAGUCUUGAUGUGACAGAAUGUUUACGAAUUACUAGCAUCGGCAUUAAUAGCAUUGCACAAAAUUGCAUGAAACUUUGUCAUCUAGAUAUGCAAGUGUGUUCGUAUAUGUGUAACCUUGAUUUUAGAUGCAAUGCAACAGUUUCUUUACCCCUUAGACAUAUAGACUUGUCAUACUGUACGAAAAUAACUGACGAAUGUUUAAAACACAUCACUUGGUUAUGUCACAAUCUCACCUUCAUCAGCUUAGCAGGCUGUCAUAGGAUAACUUCCACUGGCAUGAAGUUUAUUGCACAAAACUGCCAUGAAUUGCAAUACUUGGACAUAUCGUACCGAGGCUUGCAAUCCAGCAUUCAUCUUACUGAUGAAUCCAUUGUAUUACUUGGACAAAAUUGUCGUCAUCUAGCAUACCUGGAUUUGAUUGGCUGUUGGAAUGUAACCAAAGAAUGUGUGAGAAUAAUUCUUGAGUGUUGUAAAUAUUUAAGUCAGUUGAACAUCAGUCAAAUUUGUGAACCAGAUGCUGUGUGUACUCAAGGACAACGAUUACGAAACAUGGUUUUGCAAUAUCGCUCUUCCUGUGAUCCUGUAAGGGUUUCCAAGACAACGAGAAAUGGGAAAUUGGCCGAAAGCUUUAUCCUUUAUAUGUCGGCUUUAAAUCUCUGAGUAAUAGACUUCAAUUUUUACAUAAGUAUAACUUUACUGUAGACUUUGCUUUGCAGAUAAUUUUCUUUAUUAAAUGAAUACUACUUGA